AUGGCCGAGCCAACGGCGCCGCUGGCGCCGGUGGCGACGACGGCCUUCGCGGCGCAAAGGUUGCCGCGGAACACCAUCCAAACGGUGGUGGCGCCCACGGUGCGGCAAACGAGUCCAUUUACACCGCGCGAUGGGAACGUUGCGAACAUCUGGGCCGCGCCCUUGCGGAGUUCGUCGGUGCCAAGAGUCGCGUCGGCACAAGGCCUAGCCGCAGGACCCACCUUGUUCUUGGCUAGUGGCGCCACCACUCCCGGACGCCCAGUGCCAGUGCCCUACACGCGGCACGCGCCCGUGGCCGUGGCCAACGUGGCGCCGCGCGCGCAGUUCGUGCGUCUGGAUGAAGGCCUCAGCGGGGUCAACGGCAUCAACGGCGUCAACGGCGUCAACGUCAGCGGCGUCAGCGGCGUCAGCAGCAACGCCGGUGCGGCCACCGGCGAUGUGCAAAAGGUGAGGGAAGAACUGGAGGCUCGGAUGGCUGAGAUGCAAAGUCGCUGGGAGGAGCGUUUCUGUGAAGCCGUAGAUUUCUGGCAUCAAGCAUGGUCCACCACCACUUCAGUUGUCAAAGACUGCAACACCCACUGUGUGAAGCUGAGUGAGGUUUUGGAGGCGUCAUUGGAUCAACUUGGCCAAAAGAGCCUGGAGGUGGUGAACCUUCAAAAUCGCGUGCAACUACUGGAGGCAGCGUGUGGUCAAGCAAAUUCGCCUGUGAACAAGGAUGCCAGCUCACCUCAAACCCUGCUGAGCGGCUGCUCCGGAACCAGCGACAGUUUCAAGAAGCUCUCCGAGGAGUUGGCCUCCUUCGCGGACUACGUCUCCGAGCAGAGCUGGCGCAUGCGCUCCGACCUGGGCCGGGACAACUCGAAGCCACAGCCCAGCAGUGCCGGGGCCUUGCCCAGGCCGCCAGUGGAGGCCACGGCCAUGAGUCAUUCAUGGAGAUAA